AUGGACACCACUAGAAAGGUGAAGAGAGGUGUUGGAGGGACAAAGAAAGGAGGCCUAAAGAAAAGGCCGGUUUCAAGGUCAAUGAAGGCUGGUCUCCAAUUCCCCGCCGGGAGGAUUGGACGUUACCUCAAGAAAGGAAGGUACGCUAAGCGUGUUGGUACUAGUGCUUCUGUUUACAUGGCUGCUACUCUCGAAUAUCUGACUGCCGAGGUGCUUGAGUUGUCUGGGAAUGCUGCUCUUGACAAUAUGAAGAAACAUAUUAGUCCGAGGCACAUUAUGCUGGCAGUUAGGAACGAUGAAGAGCUAAGGAAAUUGUUGGAUGGGGUCACCAUUUCUUAUGGUGGUGUUGUCCCUAAAAUCAACCCAGCGCUGCUACCUUCAGGAUCCGGUAGGGACCUUCCCAAUUUGGGCUCAACUUGUUCCCGGAAGUUCAUGUUCGCCUCUUGAGAACCAAAUCCCCUUCCUGCAUUGCUCUCGGGCAAACCUUCAAAUCAUACUUGCU